AUGAGAAUCAGCAUUUUAAAAUUUGUUUUUUUUUCAAUUAUUAUUUGUUCUUUUGAAUAUGUCAAAAAUGAACUAUACUUUGUAAACGAUAGAGGGAUAUACCUUGAAAGGGAUGUAAUAAACUUCAAAAAUAAUAAGAUAUUAGCAGAUGUAGAUAACCAAUUUGAUUUUAAUGAAUUUUAUGAAUCAACUUUGAGUCUCGCAAGCCAACUUGGUGAUUGUAUUGAAGGUAACAAAGAAAUAGCAUACCUCCAAAGUAUUAUAGACUCACAUAUAAAGAAGCAUAAAGAAAAUAAUACAUUACCCGAUUUAAAUAAUGUAGAUAAGAAAACUAAAAAGUUAAUUGAUCAACUUCGAAAAGAAUUAGAAGAAAUAAAAAAAGAGCUUAAUAAUAAAAGGAGUAGUGAAGUAGAAAUACAACCGAUAAAAGAUAAAAUAAUAACAAAAAAAAAUAAAAAUAAUUCUGUAUCAGAACAAGAAGACUUUAAACAAUUGGAAAAUUCUGAAAAUACUAAAAUUGCAUCAAGUAAUAAUUAUAAGAAAUUCAAAAUUAAUCGAAAGUUAAAAGAUAAAACAACACUUGUGAUCUUGGGAAUGUUUAUAUUAUCUAUUAUUUUGGUAAUAUCAUUAGGAACGAAUUACUUAGCAAUACUACUUAUACCGUGUGCGGCUUUAAUAAUUGAUAAAUAUUGGAAAUCCUUUAAAAAAUUAAAAAAAUCAAAAAUAUAA